AUGGGGGUGACUAACCAACCGGAUAUAGUGGUGGUGGCCUCUGAAGAGCUUGGCAGAAGAUUUGGUGAUCGGUGCAAGCAGUUUCAUGGUUUUAACAUUCUGCAGUCUAAUUUCUCUGAAGCCUACAUCAGGAACGCAUGUGCUACAUUAGAACAUAUCAAAAGAACAAAUAAGCCACUGAAGAUGCAGCUUGCUGCCUUCCUGUGUCUGCUGAACGCCUACGCACCAGGUUCAUAUAUCCUGGAGUCUCAGUGCCUGGACUUCCUCAGACACGAAGAUGAAGAUGACUUUUCACUGGAGGAUCAAAUGCAGCCUUUCAGUCAUCUGAUCGUCACCUUCCAACAAGAUGGAAGAGCUGAAAAAAAGGUUUGCAUGGCUCACAAUAUGAUAGCUCAGUGUUGUACUGAACUGUUGGGUGAUGUAGGUGUGACCAGAAGUGACACAACAAGAAAUCUCUUGAACAGUUUUUGCAGAUGUAAUAUUCCUCCAUAUUUACUUGGGUUUAUCAAAGACAUGCUAAAUAAAAGAGAAAUUAAAAUAAUAGAGGACCCAACUGGUGUCAUUAAUGAGAAGAAAGAAAAGUUUUCCGGACUGAUUCAAGAUAUUACAAAGACAGAAGAUGAUGACAAAAAGGAAUGCAAAAGUCAGAGUCUGUCAGUUUUGAAGGUGGCUUCAAAAAAAUUUGAUGACAACCCACUUUUUCCACAGACUCUUGCUCGUUUUUAUUAUAUUCAACUAGAAGACUACCACAAUGCAGAAAUCUGGGCAAAAGAAGCAAAGCGGAGGGCUCCUUGGAGUUCAUAUGUUGCAGAUACACUAGGCCAAGUCCAUAAGAUCCACCUGAAGAACUUAAAAGUUUCUGCCAAGCCAAGAGAAAUUUUACAACUUGCCCAAAAAGCCAUUGAAGCUUUUGAAGAUGAGGGACGACUUGCUGAGAAUGAACAUGCAAAGGGUAAACAAGGAGAUGGGAAUGUAAAAGUCUUGCGUGCUUUAAACACCGGAGGGUUGUUUGGUUAUCUGGAAGUUUGCAGCCUGUUGUAUGACCAUCUUAUCAGACAUGAUGAACUUUGGAAGCAAGUUCUCACAAAGACUGUGUCUCUGGGCUCUGUCCUGAAAUCCAUCAGAGAUGAGAAACUUUUCAGGUUUAAGGAGCUAAUAAACAGCAUCAGAGAUUUGGUUGAGAAAAGAUCUGAAUUUUUUGACACGUUUUUAACGCAUUCAUAUUCUGCUGUAAAAAAAGAAGAUCCAGCCUACAUUUCACUAAAAACGACAGAAUGCUACAAAAAGUAUGUUGGAGACGCAGAACCAAAUGAUCAACUCCAGAAAACCUUCCACAAACUUAAACAAAAACUGGCUGUCACUUCUCCGGGAGUACUUUCAUGUCUCGAAAGAUGCACUAGAUCAGACACCAAGGACAUUGCUGUAUGGUGGAGAGAAAUCUGCCAACACAACCAUUCUACUACACAUGCCUUACUCAACUACGUUCUGGCCAAUAUCAUGCUGAUAAAUAUGAAAGAACCUCCCUCCAGC